AUGGCGCCGCGCGCCACCGCCGCACUAAUCACCCUGGCCGGCGCCACCGCCGCACUAAUAACCCUGGCCGGCGGCGCGCUGCGGGCGGGAGGGCUGCAGCAGUCGCCGCCCGCGCACGAGCCCGCGGCCUGGCGGGCCGCCGAGCGGCCGCGAGGGGAGGCCACGGUGAUGGCCCUGGCCGCGUACGCGCGCUCCUCGGACGUCUCCGGGUUCCCCCUCGCCUUCGUGAACUCCCUGCGCGGCGCGGGCUUCGCCGAGAAGAUCAUCGUGGGCAUGUGGGAGAACACCACGGACCAGACGGACUUCCUGCGGCGGGCGGCGGUGACCCCGAGAUACAUCCGCCAGGCGCCGUGCCAGCUGCGGUACUCGGAGGCCCCCGCCUCGGGCUACGUCACCCGCAACGUCUGCACGGAGGACUUCCCCCACCUCAAGCUGGACAACGCCCGGUGGGUCUACGGCCUCCGAUGGCUCGAGGAGUGCCCCACCUGCAGCGACUGGGUCAUGUACGCGGACUUCGGGGACAUCCCCCGGGGGCAGAACCCCUUCGACCUCCUGCCGCGCGCGGACUCGGUCGCCCCCGAGACGGUCUACCUGACCGAGGAGAUGCGGCCCCGCACCGACGGGCACGGCAGGCUGCGGGGCGUCAGCACCAGCACCUGGCUGGUCCAGCCGGCCGUCACGAAGUGCUUCGGCCAGCUGCCCGGCCUGGAGAUCACGUCGGCGGGAAGCCCAUGCUCAACAUCGCCUCCACCUUCGGCACCCGCGCCGGCAUGCUUCGCUGGCUCGGGAGGCUGGCCGAGGAGUUCGAGAACAUCUCGCACAGGAUAG